AUGGCUUCUAGAUUAGCUGGUCACUUUGCAUUCUUAAUUCUUUUGUUUGUAGUAAUCACCAAAGUCCAAUCCGAUCAGAAAGUUUUCAAUGUAAUCAAUUUUGGUGUUAUUGCUGAUGGAAAAACUGACAACAGCAAGGCUUUUGUUGAUGUAUGGAACCAAGCUUGUUCAUAUAGUGGACGAGGUGUGGUGUUGAUCCCAAAAGGGACAUACUAUGCGAGCUCUAUGGUGUUCACCGGACCAUGCAAGGGCCAAACCCUUUUCUCCAUUAAUGGUAACCUUAAGGCUCCAACUGAUAAAAAAGCUUGGGCUGGUACUGAAAGUUGGAUUAGUUUUAGAAACAUUAUUAACUUGGAGAUUAGUGGAGGAGGCUCUUUUGAUGGCCAAGGACCUUCUGCUUGGCCCUACAAUGAUUGCAAUACUAACCCAAAUUGUGUGCAACUUCCCAUUUCCAUUGGACUUGAUUUUGUGAACGAUUCACGGAUCCACGACAUAAAAUUAAUCAACAGCAAGAACUUCAACAUGAAGGUUUUUGGGUGUCUUCGCACAACCAUUGAACGCAUUCAAAUAACAGCUCCAGCCACAAGCCCCAACACUGAUGGAAUCCACAUUGGUUCAUCCACCAGCAUCAAGAUCUUCGACUCCUUGAUAGCCACCGGCGACGACUGUAUCUCGAUCGGUCCAGGGACGGAGAACCUAGAAGUGAGUGGUGUGACAUGUGGUCCUGGCCAUGGAAUCAGCAUCGGAAGCCUUGGAAAAUAUGCUAAUGAAGCUGAUGUUAAAAAUUUGGUCAUACAAAAUUGUAACUUGACUGGUACUGACAAUGGAGUGAGGAUCAAAACUUGGGCUCCUUCUCCUCCAAGUAUUGUUUAUAAUGUCACCUUUGAGAAUAUCAACAUGAAAGAUGUCGGCAAUCCCAUUAUUAUUGACCAGCAAUAUUGUCCAUCUGGAAAUUGUGGUACUCAGGCUUCGUCCCAAGUUCAAAUAACGGGUGUAAAGUUAAAAAAUAUUUUCGGCACUUCCAAAAACAAAGUUGCAGUAAAUCUGAAUUGCAGCCCUAGUAAACCUUGCCAAAAGAUCGAUUUAACAGACAUAGAUCUGAUUUAUAAUGGCCAAGAUGGAGCUGCUACUUCUUCGUGUUCUAAUGCUCGUGGAAUUGCUAGAGGCCGUCAAGAACCUCCCUCUUGCUUAUAGACUAAUUAUACUUUACAAAUCAUCUUGUUUUUAUUAGUCUAUACGAGUUUGAAAACUGACAACUACACUGUUAUUAGUGCAACUGUUGUGUACUUGUCUUAGAUGCCUACUCGGCCCCUUGUUUCAUA